CUAGCUGCUGUCUUCAUUUCAUCAUCCCUCCACAACUUCACUCUCAGUUGUAAGAAUUCCCUCUGAAACCAUGGCUAAGGCAAUGACUCUGCUGUGGGGGGCCGGAUCGCCUCCCUGUUGGAGGGUGAUGAUCGCUCUGGAGGAGAAGAACCUGCAGGGCUACAACCAAAAACUGCUGUCCUUCGAUAAAAUGGAGCACAAGUCCCAAGAAGUGUUAGAUAUAAAUCCCAGGGGACAGCUUCCAACAUUCAAACAUGGAAACACUAUUGUGAACGACUCCUAUGCAGUCUGUUUUUACCUGGAGAGCCAGUUUAAGUCCCAAGGAAACAAACUGAUCCCGGACAGCCAAGAAGAACAAGCUCUGAUGUACCAACGCAUGUUUGAGGGUCUCACAUUCUACGAGAAACUCAAUGCGGUUAUCUACUACGACUGGUUUGUUCCUGAAGGUGAGAGACAUGAAUCGGCUCUGAAUAGAAACAAAGAGGCUCUGACCACUGAACUCAAACUCUGGGAGGGUUACCUGCAGAAGCUGGGCUCAGGCUCUCAUGUGGCAGGACCGUCCUUCACACUGGCAGAUGUGGUCAUUUUUCCUACAGUUGCUUAUCUUUUCAGAUUUGGGCUGUCUGCAAAGCGUUAUCCUAAACUGGGAGAGUAUUACAAUCUGCUGAAGGAUAGACCCAGUGUCAAAGCCAGCUGGCCUCCUCAUUGGCUGGAGAACCCUGAGGGACAAGACACACUGAAAGACAUCUGACAUUCAUGCAGACGUGAAUGAAUGUCACAUAAUAAUAUUGCAGCUUUUGUUUGUGUGUAUAUCGAACAACAGUUUCUGUUGACUGAUACAAGUUCAGGUUCCAUUAACAGCAGUUUUUUUUGUUGUUUGUUUGUUUUUAAUAUGAGAUGUCAUGUAGCAUCAACCAACAGUCAAAAAAAUUAAAUCUACACUUUUUUUUAACCUUUAAUAAAUUUAUAUCAGUGAACUGGAGUCAGAACAUUUUUUGCUAAAGAAGAAAAGGACUAAGAACUAGUUUUCUGUACACAAAGGGAACUCCAAUGCCUCAUGCUUCAAUUUGAUAUCAUUUGCAUGAUUUUACAUUGCUACGUUAAAUUCACAGCCUCAUGUAUACCCACUGAGUGUACUGUAUUUUGGCCAUUGUCACUUCAGUUAAAAAUAAACUUGUGUCAAUCAGCA